AUAACGGAAGUUUAGACGGUUGCUCUGGGUGAACGAAGGGAACACUGACAGCGUCGCAUCAAACAAGAAAUUAUUCUCUCCCCCUAAAUUAACCCAGUUUCCCCUUCCCCCCCACACAUGGCGUCCAAUUCUAAUAUAGACAUUGAGGGUGCGACCCAGCAUCUCCGGGACAUCCUCAAGCUCGACCGCCCUGGGAACAGCUCCGAUGCAUUGAGUGAUGGCCUGAGAAUGCCAUCUUUUAAUGGAGAGCUGAAUGGGUUAUUGGGAGCAGCCGGCCUUCUGGGAAGCACCGAUCGGUCAUCCAUGUCCGACUCUACCAGACCCAUCUCCACAGACCUCUGCAGCACUCAGGAGUGUCAGAUAAUCUGUCUUUCUGGUGAUGAUGGCUCCACCUGUAUCCCCAUCACCUCCAACAAUGUGGAGAUAGUGGCGAGUCAGGAUACCAGCAUCAACAGCAAGGCUCGUGGCAGCAACAAGGUGAAGAUUCAACCUGUUGCCAAGUACGAUUGGGAACACAAGUAUUAUUAUGGCAGACUGAUAGCCGUGUCCAACUCCUUCCUGGCCUACGCCAUCAGAGGAGCCAACAACCACGCAAUGAUUCGCGUCCUGAGCGUGAGCUUUACUGAGCGCUCUCUACUGAAGGGCUUCACUGGAGCGGUCACAGAUCUGGCUUUUGCCCACCUCGACUCCUCGCUGUUGGGCUGUGUAGAUGAGGCGGGCAACCUGAUGGUGUGGCAGCUCACCUGCAUUGGAAGCAAGAUACUGGAUCAGAUGGUGGUUCAUAUCCGACGGCCAGAAGACUCUCCGCUGAACUCCCACCGCCGCCUCAUCUGGUGCCCGUUCAUCCAGGAUGAGGAGAACCAGGACGACACCAGCCAGACCCUAGCCCUUCUACACGAAGACCUGGCUGAGGUGUGGGACCUGGAGAUCUUGAGAGCCAACCACAGCAGUUGGCCCGUAGAUGAAGCUGAUGUAAAAGAAGGCCUCAUCCAAAUCAAUGGACAUACCCAGCGAGUCAGUGAGGGGGCCCUUUCUCCAGAUGGAACCGUGUUAGCCACAGCCAGCCACGAUGGGUACAUCAAGUUCUGGCAGAUAUACAUCGAAGGGGUACAAGACAAGCCGAGGUGUCUUCACGAAUUGCGGCCCCACGGAGGACGGCCCCUCUCUUGCCUUCUUUUCUGUGACAACCACAAAAGACAGGACCCUGAGGUUCCAUUCUGGCGGUUCCUUAUAACUGGAGCGGAUCAGAACCAGGAGUUGAAAAUGUGGUGCACUGUUUCCUGGACCUGCUUACAGACCAUCAGGUUUUCCCCAGAUCUGUUCAACUCCUCAGUUCUGCCUAGUCUGAAGGCCAGUCUGGACCUCGCUUCUGAGUUUCUCGUCCUCACCGACGUACAGAGGAAGGUUCUGUAUGUGAUGGAACUCCGGCAGGACCUGGACAAAGGAAAGGCCAGUUUCACAGCGGUGUCAGAGUUCUUGCUGACCCACCCCGUGCUCAGCUUUGGGGUCCGGGAUGUCGCCCACUGCCGAUUGCGACACACUGAGGUCCUCCCUGCAGAGGAGGAGAGUGAGAUUAUGACAACAGAGGGAACUCAAGGACCAACAGAGUCCAAGUCUGGGAUCCAAAUUAAACUUUACUGCGUCCACACCAAGAGUCUGCAGGAUGUCCAGAUCUGGUUUCAGCCCAACUUGAGUUCCAGCUCCACAGUCUUCUUGCCCAAUUCUGAUCCUCAGGAUGGUUUUGUAGGGUUUUCAGACCAUCUUACUGACCAGAGCUCCGACAAGGAAUCAGGAAGUGGCUCCCAGACCGACCUCAGGAAGAUCCCAUCACUUCCUGCUACCACUGACUUCCUGUCAAACUCGGGUGCCAGCAGUGGCACCAAGCUGAUGACUCCCGAUGCCUUCAUGACACCAAGCACUUCGGUACCAGCAUCUCCUGGCAGCAGCGCCAGCAGUCUGACCAUUGUGACGGCUAUCAGCAGCAACUCUGACUCAACUAACAGAGCUAGGGACGAAGUCAGCCAGAGUCCAAACAGAGCGGAGAACAUCAACAACAGCAGCAGCAGCAGCAGCAGUCUGACACUCUCUACCAGCAGCCCGAGAGCUGGGUCUGCUGUGCUUCUGCCUGGACUGGAGAACCUACCGGCAUUAGCUUCCCCGAGUGGGCCUCUCGCACUCGACAGCCCUCAGGUUCUGGAUUCUCCCCUUCUGCCCCCUCUGGCCUCUCCGACCAGGGCCCGCUCUCCUGACGUCAUCUCUUCCGCCUCCACAGCCAUGUCCCAGGACAUGCCAGAGAUUGCAUCCCAGACCCUGCAGCUUCAGCGCGGUCUCGUGUCCAGUUUGGAACCGCUACCUCUCUCUGCUCUCCAGACGGACAGCAUGGCGUCCGCCGCAUCCGCCCUGCACCUCCUCACCUCCCCACGCACGGCCAACAACAGCCUGAUGCCCCUCGAACUUGGAGGUGCUGACGGGCUAGUGGGCGGGGCAGUGGAGUCUGAGCCCAGACUCAGUCACACCCCAUCCCUACUGGAGAACGCCUUAUCACAGGAGAACCCCGGGGCCGGUGGAGGGUCUUCAGAUGGUAGUAUUGGCCACACACCGUGGCCGGCUGCUCCCGACAUCACCAGAGAAACCAGGAACAGUCUCAGGGACAACGGUCUUGGAGACUGUUCAAGAGAGGAGUCGAAGGACAGACACCUGGGCUCACCGUACCACCGACGCUCCUAUCACCUCGCACACAACGACAGUCAGGACGCCGGCGCGGAGCAGAGUGACCCUGACGACGAGUUGGCCAGCCUGGCAUCGUCCUCAGGAAACUGUGGCUCUCGUUCCUCUCACAGACUACCAGUUAAAGACUGGAAGACCUCGCCGCGAGCCUCGCCAAAAGUGAAGAGGAAGACCAAGAAAGAUGACAAUGAAUUGUCUCAGUCCAGGCAAAUGGACUCUGGUCAGAUGAAUGCCGAAGUACAGGACGAACUGUUGAUGCUCCUGCGCAGCCAGCAGAGGGAGCUAACUGACCUGCGUGGUCAGAUUGAAGCCAUGCAGAGCACCAUCAUGGCCCAAGUAGAGCACGUCCUCACCAACCACCAGGAACAAGAGCAGCGCCGACUGGAGCGAGUUCUAGCAGAGAGUCAGAAUCAUCAGCAGCAGCUUCAGGAACAACUCGGCCAGCAGCUCAGCAACACCCUCAGCUCGGUGCUGACCAACAGAAUGGACAAAGUGCUUCGAGAGGAAAUGAAGAAGACGGUCCCGUCAGCGAUCUCCAAGAGUCUGGAGCCAGUGACGGGGCAGCUGAGCAAUACAAUCGCUGCCAAGCUGACCGCUGUGGAGAUCACCCUGAAGGACAAUGUCAGCAAGGUGGUCAAGUCCAAGAACACAACGGACGCUAUUGGCCGAGCAGCGGCCGAGGCCAUGCAGGGGCCCAUCCAGGCAGCCUACAAAGACGCCUUCCAGGGCAUCGUGCUGCCCGUGUUUGAGAGAGGCUGCCAGUCCAUGUUCCAACAAAUCAACGACAGCUUUAAACAAGGCACACAAGAAUACAUCCAGCAGCUUGAGAGCCACAUGAAGAACAGAAAGCAGAGGGAGCAGGAGACACGGGACCCUGUGAUUGGCCAACUCCAGCAGACGAUCGAGAGCUUCCAAAGCUCCACCGAUCAGCUGACCAAUAACAUCACGGCCAACGUGCGUGCAGAGGUCCAGCACCAGAUCCAGAUGAUGGUGGGAAAUCUGCAGGAGUCUAUUCUUAGCCAUGUGCAGCGAAUCGUCAAAGGGGAGGUGACCCUCGCAAUGAAGGAGCAGCAGGUGGUGGUCACCUCCAGCAUCAUGCAGGCGAUGAGGUCAGCGGCCAGCACGCCUGUCCCAACAGCACACCUAGACUACCAGACGCAGCAGGCCAACAUCCUGCAGCUCCUCCAGCAGGGCCAGCUGAACCAGGCUUUCCAGCAGGCGCUGUCUGCGACGGAUCUGAACCUGGUCCUGUAUGUGUGCGAGACCAUCGACUCUCAACAGGUGUUUGGUCAGCACCCCUGCCCUCUCAGCCAGCCCGUGCUGCUGUCGCUCAUCCAGCAGCUCUCCUCUAACCUCACGACCCGCUCUGAGCUCAAAAUCAGCUACCUGGAGGACGCCGUGAUGAAUCUGGACCAUGGCGACCCGCUGACGAGAGACCACAUGUCCUCCGUGUUGGCCCAGGUGCGACCGAAGCUGUUCGCCUUCCUGCAGCAGGACCCCCACAGCCCGCUCAGCAAGAGGGCGCGGCGCCUGAUGAUGAUGCUGCAGGGUCUCGUCAGCCACUAGUCCCUCGUUUAAGGAGCGGUGCAGGAGAGUCAUCCCCUUUAUAGAUAGUGGAUCAUCACACCAUUUUUGUUUUUCAAGUCCACGUCAACCCCCCGACCCCCACAGACUUCUGAGCAGUUGUUGUUGGGUGGAGAUGGAAGAAGGAGGGCUCUGAAAUGACUGAGUUUGCUUGGUUCAAGAUGACGGUUCCCUCCAGCCCGCAUGUCCGACACACCUACACCCAACCCGAAAUCCAGCUCUGUCUCCCCGUUCUGCACCAGUGAAGUGUCAAGUUAGGAAAUGGAAGCGGUUGUUUCUGUUUUAUUUUUUACUGGACAUAAAACAAUAAUGGUCUGGACAACUCUUAGUCCGCUGUAGAUUCUUCAAGACCUUCAUUACUCUUCCCCACCACCACCCACCAGAGGCAUACUGGUCGUCCGUCAUCGUUUUAUCCCCCACCACGGAAAACCCGAAAACAGUACCGACAGCGAGAGGCUGAAAUGUUCUGGACGUCCCGUCUCCCAGACACAUUGUAACCCGGCUCUACUUUUGAAGAGUCAAAGAAUGUUCCGCUGAGCGGUCCACGAGACCCGCCUCCUUUUGAUUCUGCCACGUUCCUCUGACCUGUGAGUUCUGGGACACCGAGCAAGCCGUGAUGCAGGGAACUCUUCUGAGCAACAGAAGGAGCAGCGGGGCGCUAAAAGAAUAUGCCGCCUUGCAUCUUGGCCUGAAGAGCAAACAGCAGGCGCUGCAGGAUUACGACGCAGUCUGUUGUUUUCUUUCUUUUUAUAAACAUCCAAGCUAAUCCCGGAAACCAAAAGUAACACUCAAAGCCAUUUCAUGUCGGUGGCAUAUUUCCUUUCAGUUACUUCUUAAUAGGUUGGAGACGACAACCUUGCCGGGCCAAAUCUGUCUCGUGCUUUGAGGAGGAUCGACACGUUGAAUUGUUUUUCGCUGAAAGUUAAUUGAAUUUGUUCCUGCGUUGUUAUUCAGGGUGGAAAGCGUGUCCCGCUCUUUCUCGAUCUGGCCUUGUUUUUUCACAAAUCAUUCUAACGAGAGGUCUCCGAUGGAUCCAAAUACGAUUAAAGGAUGAGAAAUAACAUUUUUUGCAAUUGAACAAAUAUUUGCGGAGGUGCUCCAGCUAAAAAGAGUUUUGGCAGCCGUCCAUGUGUGUACAGCUUUGUCAUGUAAAUCGAUCAGACUUCUCCCCAUGUUUUCCCGUGUCCCCUUUUCUUUUUUUUAUAUAUAUAUAUAUAUAUAUAUAUAUAUAUAUAUAUAUAUAUAUAUAUCUCUCGUUUAGCAUUCGUAAGACUUGUAUACUUUGCUUAAAGAGUUGUCAAACUAGCUAUGAUACAUAAUAAAACACUUCUUAAACAUAAAUUGUUACAGAUGACGUUCUUUUAUCAGGUUAUUACAAUAAUGUUUGUAAACUUAACGUGCAGUUACUUCUCAUGGGCUCUGGGAGGCGGCACUUAGAUGCAGAUGUGCACCCUUCUUGUCCUUUGUGUGUGUGUUUUUGGGACUCAGAAUCAUUCCUGCUCUGACAGUAUGUAUCUGUUUUACCAAACAUUGAGAACGCCUCCUUUAAGCGCAUUGCAAGUGUCUGAUCUUUUGUGUUCAGCACAUGUUGUUCCAACUGCAGGCGGCCGCACCGCUUUUUUGCCGAUUUGUCAAAUAAAAGUUCUGUUCAUUUUGA